CCUAUCUCGCUUUCCUGACUUACUUCACCAGAAAUACAAACUACAAUGGCGACUUUGCUCGGGAGAAGAGGUCUUCUGCCACUCGCUGGCCGGGCGCGGCACUUUAGCUCAUCCGCCGCCAGGAAUGCUGCCCAGAUAAAGAGCUUGGGUGUCAUUGGCGCAGGCCAGAUGGGUCUAGGAAUUGCUCUCGUUGCUGCACAAAAGGCUGGGGUUCCAGUGAGACUUAUCGACUCGUCGCAGGCUUCUUUGGACAAGGGAAUGGGUUUUGCUGAAAAGCUUUUGGCCAAAGAUGUAUCGAAACAAAGAAUUACCCAAGAUCAGGCCGACAAGGCUAGGUCACUAUUGACGCCAAGCACCGCCAUCGAGGAUCUCUCAGAAGUCGACUUCGUGAUAGAAGCUGUUCCGGAAAUCCCCAAGCUAAAGUAUGACAUAUUUGCGAAGCUUGCCGAGAUCUGUCCCAAACACGCCAUUCUGGCGACCAACACGUCGUCCAUCUCUAUCACAAAGAUAGCUGCAGCGACCACCAAGGACCCCAAGGACACAUCCGCCAGCUCACGUGUCGUGUCGACUCACUUCAUGAACCCGGUUCCUGUGCAGAAGGGCGUUGAGAUCAUCGGCGGGCUGCAAACGAGCGCCGAGACGCUCGAGACGGCCGUGUCUUUCUGCAAGUCCAUGGGCAAGAUCACAUCAGUCUCCGCCGACUCGCCUGGCUUCUUGGCCAAUCGUAUCUUGAUGCCGUACAUCAACGAGGCCGUCAUCUGUUUGGAGACCGGUGUUGGUGACAGAGACUCUAUUGACGCUAUUAUGAAGAACGGUACCAACGUGCCCAUGGGCCCGCUUCAGUUGGCUGACUUCAUCGGACUGGACACGUGUUUGGCCAUCAUGAAGGUGUUACAUACGGAAACAGGCGACUCCAAGUAUCGACCUAGUGUGCUCUUGGCCAAGAUGGUCGAUGCUGGGUGGCUCGGCAAGAAGAGUGGAAAGGGUUUCUAUGACUAUUAGAGAAAUGUAGCAUUAUAAGAUACCGGCGUUGGAAUAACAUUCUAGAAUUACCUGAGGUUUGCCCUUGUCAAAUAGUCUGGUUGUACGGGUGGGAUGGUCUAUGCUUAUAACCAGAUGUUUCGCCAAGUAACGCGGCUCUGUCACCUGAAGUUUGCUACUGUCGUUUUGAUCUCAUCCGUAUUUACGCUAGUUCUGGUAUAUAAGGGUGUGACUGUCAUGAUAUCGACUUAUUGACAGGUGUAGCGGACUUCAACAUUGACUUUUCCAGUAGAC